CACUGCGGCUCGUACAUGCUGGAGCCUGAAGAGGAAUUCGUGUUGGUGGCGCAAGACUUCCCUCUAUCCUGUUCCGACGCGACGCGCUUACUGCCACAGAGUCCGACACCAUCACCGCAGCCUCAUGAUCUGACAGGAGUGGUGCUGAAGAGGGAUGAACAGAGUAGUGCAUGUGAACGAUGGCUGCUGUGGUGGUGAGAAGGUCCUUAGCCCACGCCUGGCUCUCCCUGUGGGGUAGAGAAGUGGUAUGGGCUGCUCCCCCGUCCCUGAGUACUCAUGUGUCCCUGGAUCACAACCAUCAGGCAAGGCUCAGCACUUGCCAGCCAUGCCAAACCAGAAUGUUUGAACACACCUGGCAGUUUUGGUGAUAUGGAGGUGGCUAUAACUGAAAUAAAGAGGGUGGAGAGGAGGAGGAGGUGUGACUAUGCCACCUGACCUGACCCCCGAAACGCGCCCACUCGCUGAAAACCCCCUUAGGAGCUGUGAAGAUGACACCCGCAGCCCCCCACCUCUCCCUGGCACUGCUGACCACUCCAGCAGCAGCAAUGGUGGGGGGCUGCAGCUGCCCCAGGAGAGUCCUGCCUCAACACCAUCUCCCUCAAAUACUUGGAGAGUGGGACAGGUGGGCUGUGGGACCGGGACGGAGGCUGGUGUGGGGACCAGGGGAGCAGCUCCGUCUGCUUCCCCGGUCGUUAACACCUACCGCCUCUCUCCUGAGCUUAGAGCCGCCUUUGUCUCAGUAGGAGCGACCGACAGUGCGUACUCAUUCAGAGAGGUAUUGUUGCUGUUGAAAAAUUAUCUUUUUUCAAAUGUUAGCCUGUUUGACCCGGAUGACAAAUUGUAUAUCAACUGUGAGUCUGACCCUCUCGGGAAGGCUCUUGGCGUGAAAAGGUUUCACUUCAAUGAUGUUAGGUCAUUGAUCAGUCAGAAUAUCAUUAAAGUGCGUCCUGUGAGGGGCCCUCCCUGCCCCCAAGUACCCACACCUGUACCUGAUAACAUUAGUUCGAGUGUGUGCGCUGGUGGAAGCAAUGAUAGCACGUGCAGGUUGUCAGUACCAGUUGGUGCUACGCCUAGCAUACCUGGAGAUGCAAUUGUAGUAUCUGAUGGUGUUCCAAACCUUGAGAAUGUAGCUACACCAAGUUCUGAGGCAGGAGUUUCAAGAGUUUGUGGUAGGCAACGGUCACUGCCGGGACCAAGCAACCCACCUCCGGACAUCACCUGCCCAGACAUUCCUGACAGCUGCUCUGAUGCUGAAACUAUAUAUAGUGUCCAGGACUAUGAAACUGAAUAUUGUCAUAAUACUGAAUAUGAGAGCAGUGAAGAGGAAGACUUAAUGGAAGUGAACAGUGAUACUUAUGAAGAAUAUGAGCUGCCCUCAGACGAUGCCAAGGACGAGAAGGAGCAAUGUAGUGACAGUGACUCCUCUAUUGAUGACGUGGAAAUAGCAGUGCUGGCGUACACCUUGGUCCAGGACGAACUGGAGGAAGGCUUCUGGGCUGACGACGACUCAGUCACAGACUCAGGACGUUCCGACGAGGAGGACAACGACCCAGAGUGUGUGUCAGAUCGCUGGGACUGCCUGACGUGUGGCCUGAAGAACAAGCCAUUUGUCCGCUACUGCAGCAAGUGCUGGCAGUUGAGAAAAAAUUGGCUCCCAGACCCACCCAAAAAAAGAAGAAGAAAACCUCGCCCAAAGAAGAAGAACGCAAGAAAGAGGAUGGCAUCUGGUCCUUCAGAACAGUCUACCUCCCAGGGUGCAAGUCAUUGGAAGGAUCAGAAUGUGGGAACCAUGUCUGAGAGUAGUGCAGAUGACAGUUCCCAACCUGAUGAACUGAUCAGGACUUCCUCACUUUCCACCACAAUAUCCGGGAGCUGUACACAAGACUCUGGGUGUUUUUCAUCGCAGGAUUUGUUAGAGUCUCAAGAGCAAACAGAGGAUUUAGUUAAAGAACAAUGUGUAGAGGAGAGGACAGUAUCAGAAGCAAGUGUAAGUAAAGAUUCCUCAGAGGCAGAGAAAGAACAAUGUGUAGAGGAGAGGACAGUAUCAGAAGCAAGUGUAAGUAAAGAUUCCUCAGAGGCAGAGAAACAGUCUCUGGAGGAAACAGUACAACCAAAGAUGUUAAGGAGUAGGAAAAGGAAGUCGUCUAGUUCAGAAUAUUUCACAGCUGCAAAGCGUUUAAAGAGGUCGGAGGACAAAGAUGAGGUGCCUUUUGGGGAUGCAGAAACACUUGCCAAGGAAACAUUUAAGUUCAUAUCAUCCAGUGCAGGCAAAGCAUGGCUGAGCUCUCCUGGUGGAACCAAAUUUGCAAGAUCCCUUCAGGCAUCUCCAGCUUAUCAGGAAUCAAUGACAAAGAUGAUUGCUGAACAGACAUCAGCUAGCACCUCGGGUUCUGCCUCGGGGAUUUCAAUGUUGUGCUCUAUUUGCUGUCUCCGGCCAAAGAAUGCUUCUAUAAUACAUGGGAGAUUGGCCCACCAGGCAACGUGCUACCAGUGUGCCCGGAGGCUCCUGAAUGAUGGUGCCAGGUGUCCAGUCUGCCGGCGAAAGAUUCAUAUGGUAUGCAAGCAAAUCUUAGCAUAGUGAUGAUAUCAUGCUGAAUAUUAGCAUUUACCUUUCUGGAUUACACAAGUUUGAUUCCAAAAGCAUAUCUCAUUAGGUGGUGUUAUUUAUUAUGAUGUUUAUAAUUUUGCCUACCUAUCUUUUAAUUCUUUACAGGAAGAAACAUCUGAUGUUAAUACUUAAUGCAUGUUCUUGCAGUUUCAUUUAAAAUUUUGAUCCUACUACAUAAACCUUAAUUUCUUUCUAUGAAUAAAAAUUUUCCUGAUUUUCCCAUUGCAGAACAUUAUUCCUUUAAAGCUUGCAUCCUGUACUACUCACAGCACAGAUUCCUUUUAUACACAAAGUGCUGUUAUGCUCUCUCUCUCUCUCUCUCUCUCUCUCUCUCUCUCUCUCUCUCUCUCUCUCUCUCUCUCUCUCUCUCUCUCUCUCUCUCUCUCUCUCUCUCUCUCUCUCUCUCUCUCUCUCUCUCUCUCUCUCUCUCUCUCUCUCUCUCUCUCUCUCUCUCUCUCUCUCUCUCUCUCUCUCUCUCUCUCUCUCUCUCUCUCUCUCUCUCUCUCUCUCUCUCUCUCCUGUAUGUAAAUUUGUGAAAGUAUUAACAUGGCUUAUGAUUUAUUUUUCAACUUUAUGAAACAUCUCUGAACUCUUCCUCAUUUUGUUGUUAGUCAUUAGCUUAUGCAAGCUACAUUUGCAAUUAACAGACACUUCCUGCUUUCAUUGAUGCUCCCUUUUAUUGAAAUUAUUCGUAUAGCUUCAUAAGACUGGAUGUGGGGAAGUAAGGAGGCUGAAAUAUAGAAGUAGUGAGUGUAUGUACACACUACUAUGUGUUGGAAAUAUGUGUGGACCAUAAGGUGUUCAAGGAAAACAUUAACAAGCUGUAAACAUAAAGUAAGAACUCUGGAGUGUGUGGAAAAUUUUCUGUGUAUUUAUAUAGAAAGUAUAUGAAGGUUUGUUAGAGGUGCUAGGAAUGUACAAAUCAGCCAGUCUACCUUUGUCAAAGAUAGAUUUGUAUAAUGAAGUUAUUUUAUUUAUACUUGAAUAGAUACAUUGUGUAGUUAAUGUUAGUAUUUCAUGACAGAUUUCUUUGCAUCUGGAGCCAGAGCCAGGUGAUGACUGGCCUGGUUAACCCAACAUGGUGUGUGUGAGUGUUGUGAAGAGUUGGAGAUGGUAAUGCAGCAUACCAUCCUGAUUCAUGGCAUAUGAUGUCAACCUGCUGUGUAUGGUGCAGUGCAUACUGCAACAAAUGACAUUGUGGAAUGAAGUGGGUGUCAUUUGCAGACUUUUCAUCGACUCAAAAACUGCAUUGGGAAGUAGUAACUUGUGUCUUGUGGCAGUGUUGGAUUUCACCGUCAAGUGGGCUGAUAUUACCAAGCCAAGUGUUACGUAGCCUCACACUCCACCAUGCAUCAAAGAGACAGGUCUUUAGUGAGUACUGACAAGAUUUUUGCCCUUGUGCAAACUUUGAUUUUGAGGACUGGCAGCCUCACAUCAUCACUAUGCCCUGCCUGGUAAGGUAAGGAGCCAGUGCAUGCCGGUUCAUCAUCAUAAAUUAUUUUAUUUUCAGAUUUUUUUUUUUUUGUGGAAAAAUAAAUCCUAUUGGCAAGU